AUGGAAAAAUUAGAAGACAAGUUGUGUCUUUGCCAAAUCGAACCACCUUUUAAAGAAGCAAAAAAAGUUUUGGUAAUCGCUCACAGAGAAGAAUUGAUUGAUCAAGCACGUUCUCAAAUCAGUAAAGUUUCACCUGAUUUG